AAAGGGCAUGGAAAAUGAUAUUUUGUAACUACGUGCUUUUUCUUUAAUGUAUUCAUUCCCAUUCUGAUUUUGAUCUCUUUAAGAUUUGAGUCCAUGCACAUUAAUUGUGUUUUUCUAUUUCUCUACUCUGUUAUAUAUUCUUUUUUUAUUUCUUAGGCUUUUGAUGUUUUAAGUCUAAAAUUUUUUCGUUUUUAAAUCAUGUUCUUCCUUGUUUCUCCUACUACUCGUCUUUUUCAUUUGUUUAGUUUGGGGUUGUUUUGAAUUUGAGGAAGUAUGUCGUGUGUUGUGGCGUGCAAUUGGCUGGCCUUCAUAUUAUUUGAUCUUAAGAAGAUCUAUGUUUAGUGGAAAGAAAAAGACAGAAAUUUUGGGUCUGGACCCGAUUGAAACAUGAAAAUGGGACAUGGUCUCUUGUGUCAUGGUUUUGUGUUCUUGUUUGGUUCAGUUUUUAAUGCGCAGUUUCUGGAUUAAAUUAUUUCAAAGUCUCCAUUUUGAUGCUGUCAAUGUUCAGACAGGUUUUUAGUAUAUUCUAUUCCUUGUUCACAUGUUUGGGAUUUUUUUUAUUAGUAACUUGUUUUUCUUGGCUUUUUUUAACUUUUUCCAAAAAUAUUACAUGUUGCAAAGACUGGAUUUUUCAGACACUACAUUAACUAUUGCAGUCACCUGUUUUCUUGUGUUCAGCUGGUUUCGUUAUCCAUUAAAGUAGCUUCUGGCAGAUUUUGCAUUUGACUAUGAUGAAAAGACCCCAUUUUUCAAAAUGAGUUGUAAAGUGACUUCUGCUCUGAGCUGAGAGAAUAUUUGGAAUAUUGAUUGUGUGCUAAGUUGACCAGACUUGCUAUCUCAGCAACUGAUAUGAGAUCUACAAUGGAAAAAGAAACAACUUGACCUUAUUUUGCAUCAGAUGUCUGCAUUCUGGAGCUGAGCAAAUGGGUUGUUGUGUCUCAACAAGCAGUAGGAGUACUUGUAGCAGCAGGAGCAAUGGAGAUGUGGUGUCUCCAUCUAGCUUAGAAAUUGGAUGCUGUAGGCAAAAGAGAACAAGGAGAACAUUCUCUGAUCAUGUUAUUUCUCUGCACCAUUUACCAUCCUUACCUAGUAGAAUUUUCACCAAUGGAAAGAGCCGGGCUUCUUGCAUAUUCACGCAGCAGGGCCGCAAGGGUAUUAAUCAGGAUGCCAUGAUUGUGUGGGAAGAUUUUAUGUCUGAAGAUAUGAUCUUUUGUGGUGUCUUCGAUGGCCACGGUCCACAGGGUCAUCUUGUUGCACGCAAAGUGAGGGAUGCCUUACCAAUAAAAUUACUUUCAUUUUUGCAUGCUGGUGAAUCAAAGCGAAAUGGGUCAGGUAAAGCUUGCUUCAAAGGGAAUGUAAAACCUGAUAAUGGAGACUCUGAGAAGGAUUGCUCUACCGAGGAUAAACUGAACACUACAUGGAGAGAAGCUUUCAUGAAGGCAUACAAGGCUAUGGACAAAGAGCUCAGGUCUCAUCCAAAUCUGGACUGUUUCUGCAGCGGGAGCACAGCUGUGACUAUAGUGAAGCAGGGUUCAAAUCUGUUCAUGGGCAAUAUUGGUGAUUCUCGAGCAAUCAUGGGAUCCAAGGAUAGCAAUGACUCAAUGGUGGCCAUUCAGUUGACUGUUGAUUUGAAGCCUGAUUUGCCAAGGGAAGCAGAAAGAAUUAAGCGGUGCAAAGGUAGGGUAUUUGCUUUGCAAGAUGAGCCAGAAGUGCCUAGGGUAUGGUUGCCAUUUGAUGAUGCACCAGGAUUGGCAAUGGCUAGAGCAUUUGGAGAUUUCUGCUUGAAGGAAUAUGGUGUGAUUUCUAUACCUGAAUUUUCUCACCGGUUGCUAACAGACAGAGAUCAGUUCAUUGUUCUUGCCUCAGAUGGCGUGUGGGAUGUCUUAAGCAAUGAGGAGGUGGUGGAGAUAGUAUCUUCAGCACCAACACGGGCAUCAGCGGCAAGGAUUCUGGUAGAUUCUGCUGCUAGGGAGUGGAAACUUAAGUACCCUACUUCAAAGAUGGAUGACUGUGCUGUAGUGUGCUUAUUUUUGGAUGGGAAAAUGGACUCAGAAUCUGACUAUGAUGAACAAGGCUUUUCAUCUGCAACCAUCCAAAGCAACCAUUCGGGUAACCCAAUUGAAUCAGAUGAUGGACAAAAGUCUGAGCCAUCUUUGCAAAGGAACUUCACUGUGAGAUCCUCUGAAGAAAAUGAGACUAUUGGAGCAAUAUCUGUUGAUGUUGAAGAUGGAACAUCAUCAGCUGAUGAUCAAAACUGGUCAGGUUUGGAAGGUGUCACCCGUGUAAACUCACUUGUCCAACUUCCUAGAUUUUCUGAGGAAAGGCCUAAGUCUUGAUUUUAGUUGGUUUCUUGGGGACUGCUUAUUGUAAUGCCUUGCAAUAGUGAAUUCAAGAAAAGAAAAUUUUCAUGCAAGUGGUAUCAUUUUGAUGCUCUUUGGUUUGGCUAAUUAAUUGUGGAUAAAGGAUUUCAAUCCUCUUCUACGACCAUGAAAUGGUGCCUGUUUGUGCUAGGGUUAAAAUCGAAUU